UACAGUAAUCACAGUUGUUUUGAUAGCAGUAGGGGCGGGCCCACAGUUCAGUUCCAUGCCAUUCGCCGUGCGGACGGUUGGUGCAUGCGCGUUUUGAACGAUUUAAAAAGAAGUGGUCUUGCGUACAGAAGUGGCACUGGCAGCGAGUUGAUUGACCAACUAACUAACUAACCAAGCAAACAUGAGCGGCUGUGGUGGUAUCCUGAUCCGCGGCGGUACAGUGGUGAACGAGAACAGCUCGGUGCUGGCCGAUGUCUAUAUUGAGUGCGGGCUGAUCCAGGCAGUGGGUUGUCAACUGCCCCAUCCCAAGGGCUGUCGAGUAAUUGACGCCACUGGUAAACUAGUGCUGCCCGGGGGCAUCGACAGCCACACACACAUGCAGUUCCCCUUCAUGGGGUACCAAGCUGUCGACGAUUUUUAUCAUGGAACCAAGGCUGCUGUGGCUGGAGGCACCACCAUGAUAUUGGACUUUGUGAUACCCAACAAAGAUGAAUCUUUGUUGGCAGCGUAUGACAAAUGGCGAAGUUGGGCAGAUCCUAAAGUCUGUUGUGAUUAUUCAUUCCACGUGGCAGUGACCUGGUGGAGUGAAAAGGUUAAAGAUGAAAUGGAAAUUCUUGUCAAAAAGAGAGGUGUAAAUUCCUUUAAAAUGUUCAUGGCAUAUAAAGGUGUCUUUAUGCUUCAAGAUGAUGAGCUAUACCCUGUUUUCUGCCAUUGUAAGAAACUGGGAGCAAUUGCUCAAGUUCAUGCUGAGAACGGACACUUAAUAGCAGAGGGUGCGAAAAAGUUACUGUCUCAGGGAAUCACUGGACCUGAAGGUCACGAACUUUGUCGACCUGAACAGGUGGAGGCUGAAGCCACACUAAGGGCGAUUACUAUAGCCAGUUGCAUUAAUUGUCCACUUUAUAUUGUCCACGUAAUGAGUAAAUCUGCUGCUAAUGUGAUUGUCAAUGCACGGAGAGAAGGCAAGGUUGUUUUUGGGGAACCCAUUGCAGCUAGUCUUGGGACAGAUGGAACUCAUUAUUGGGACAAGGACUGGCGCAAAGCUGCAGGAUACGUUAUGGGACCUCCGCUAAGACCUGAUCCCACAACACCCGGAUAUCUCAUGGACCUACUAGCCAAUGGUGACCUUACUUUGACAGGAACGGACAACUGUACAUUUAAUGGCUGCCAGAAAGCUUUUGGAAAAGAUGAUUUUACGAAGAUCCCAAACGGGGUGAAUGGUGUGGAGGACAGAAUGUCCAUCAUUUGGGAGAAAGGAGUGCACAGUGGUAAAAUGGAUGAGAAUAGGUUUGUGGCAGUGACCAGCACCAAUGCAGCAAAGAUCUUCAACCUAUAUCCUAAGAAGGGAAUAAUAGCCAAAGGCUCGGAUGCUGACAUUGUAAUCUGGGACCCACAUGCUGUUAGAACUAUUUCAGCCAAAACACAUCACCAGCUAGUAGAUUUCAACAUUUUCGAAGGAAUGGUGUGCCAUGGGGUCCCUUUGGUUACUAUUUCACGAGGUAAAGUAGUGUAUGAAGAUGGAAUUUUGCACGUUAUGCAAGGAAGCGGGAAAUAUAUUCCUCGAAAACCCUUUGCAGACUAUGUCUUCAAGAGAAUCAAACAGCGUGAUGAGGUUUGUCUGCCUACACCAGUACAAAGGGAGCCAUACCAAGGAGAAGUAAUGUCACCGUCUCCAACUACCACAUCCCACCAUUGUGGAAAACAGUCAUGUCAUUGAACAUUUACCCUUUCUGGUAUGUAGAACCCAGUUCUGGUUUGAAAUGGUUAGUAUAUGGUAAUGCUCAAAUGUUCUGGAUAUCUUGAUAAGAAAGAACUCAUGUCAAAGUAAUUAUAUUUUGUGGGGUUUUUUUGUCGUCAGAAUAUGCAUCAGGGUGAACUCAUUGUUGGAAUGAAAUUCAAGUUGUGAAAGAAAGUCACUCAGAUACUUCAUUCACACUGCUCUUAGCCAGGAACUUCUUACAACCACCAAUGCUACAGUUUGGAUCUUGCAUUUAGUUGAGGCAUACAAAUGUUUUGACAAUCUUGCUAAUUUAAAGGGCUGCAGUCAUGAGUCGGCUCUAUACCUAUGUGGAGCAGCUCUCAAUGAAUCAGGCCUCGUACUUAUGUAAAUAUUUCUCAUAACUCCAGAUUAAGAAACUGAUAUAUGCUGCAGAGACCUGGACCCAGUUCACACAAAUUGUAACUUCAAGGUCUGAGUAGAAGGGACGUCCUCUGGGAAUUACUAUGCUUUUUGAAUUAGAAUUAGGCUUGUCCAUUAAAUUUAUUCAAUGUCCAUUACACUCUGCAGUAGGAAAUUCCACAGAGGCACAACCCUUUGAAAGAAAAUUUCUCAUCUGUUUUUUAAACCUUCCAUCCCUUAUCCUAAAACUAUGAUCUAUAAUUCUAGAUUGCCCUACAUGAGGAAGCAUUCUUUUUACAACUACUUUUGUCAGUCCACUUUAGCAUCUUAAAUACCUACAUUAUAUAUCCUCUGAUUCUUCAGGGUUCCAAAUAAGAACAGAAUAGAAUCCUUAAAGUGUGGAAACAGGCCAUUUGGCCCAACGAGUCCACACUGCCCCUCCCAGACUCAUCUUUUCCCUGUAUGGCUAACAUACCUAACCUACACAUUCCUGAACACUUUGGUUAAUUUAGCCAAUCCACCUAACUUGCACAUGUUUGGAAUGUGGGAAGAAAAUAGAGCACCCAGUGGAAACCCACACAGAUAGAGAAUGUGCAGACUGCACACAGGCAGUUGCCUGACAGUGGAAGUGAACCUGGGUCCCUGGCACUGUGAGGGGGCAGUGCUAACCACUGAGCCACCAUGCUGCCAAUAAGCCAAACGUAGGUCUAAACAGCUCAAUUUGUCUUCAUAAGACGAAUGUCUUAUCUCUGGGAUCAAUCUAGUGAACUUACUCUGACUUGAACAAUUGCAGCAUUUCCCUACUUUUAUAUUCUAUUCCUUUAGCAAUAAACUCCAAAAUUCUAUUUGCAUUCCUCAUUAUCUGAUGUACCUGCUACUAGUUUUCUGUGAUUCAUGUCACAAGGACCCAUAAAUCCCUCUGCACUAUAAAGUUUCUCUCUAUUUAGAUAAGAGAUUACCUUUCUAUUCCUCUAAUCAAAAUGGAUAACCUCAUGCUUAUCUGUGUUAAACUUGGUGUGCCAAAUUUUGGCCAUUCAUGUAACUAAUCCUUAUCAAUACAAUACAAUACAGCUCGGGAACUGACCCUUCUGUCCUGCAUGUAUUCCUAGUACUUAUUUAGAUCUACCAUUUAUUAUCCAUAUACUGUUUCUAACCCUCUGUUUACCUCCAAUUCAUGUGUCUAUCAAGAUACACCUUAAACAUUCCUAACAUGCUUACUUUCACCACCUCCACUGCUCGUGUGUUCCAGGAAAAACUUUCCUCUCACUUCUCCCCUAAACUUUCUCCCUCUCACUCUAAAUCUGUGCCUUCUUAUAGUUGACCUUUCAACCCUGGGAAAAAGCCUCUGACUAUCCACCCUAUCGAUGCCUAUAGUAAAUUUUACAAACCUCUAUCAAGUCAUCGUUCAGCCUCCAUCUCUCCAGUGAAAACAAUUGGAGUCCAUACAACCGCUUUUCGUAACCAAAACCCUCCAGACCAGACAACAUCCUAGUAAACUGUCUGUACCCGCUCCAAAGCAUUCAUGUCCUUCUACAUCGUGGUGACCAGAACUGCAUGCAGUGUUCCAAAUGUGGCCUGACUGAAGUUUUAUACAACUGUAACAUAACCUUCAAACUUCUAAUAUUUGAUGUCCCUGCCAAUGGGUCAAUGUGCUGUAUACUUUCUUGACUAAUUUAUCCAUCCGUGAUGCCAUUUUCAGGCUUCUGUGGACCUGUACCCCCGGAUCAUUCUAUAAUGUAAAUAUUAAGAGUUCUCCCAUUUACUGUAUAAUUUGCACCUGAAUUUGGUAUCCAAAAUAGAUCACCUUGCAUUUAUCUGGAUUAAACGUUAUCUACUAUUUCUCUGCCCAAAUCUGCAAUCAAUAUCCUGCUGUAUAUUUUAACAAUCCUCCUCAUGAUCUGCAACUCUACUAAUAUUGGUGUCAUCCACAAACUUACUAAUCAGACCACCUACAUUUUCCUCCAGAUCAUUCAUUUAUAUCAAUUUGUAAAUUUCUUUGUUGCUUCAUUACAACUAUUUACCCAAUGUGCUGUAUACCUUCUUGACCAACUUAUCCAUCCAUGAUGCCACUUUCAGGGAUCUGUGGACCUGUACACCCGGAUCCUUCUAUAAUGUAAAUUAUACUUGCCAAUGAGAGGAAGCAUCAAGUCCUGCAGCACAAUGUACAUAAUCAAGGCAAUCAUAAACAUUAUUGCUGUGAUGGUCAUAGCAUUACUGAAGGUUGUUCUUCCAACCUACUAUAUUUGUGCCUCACACUCCAUCUUAAAUGCCAUAAGUUGAACAUUAAUUACAAUGACUGCAAGAAAGUACAUUUGUUUCAGCUUCCACUGCUAACUUGGUACAGGGUGAAUUUGUAGUUAUUUCCCAUUCUCCCAUUUACUGUAUAAUUUGCACCUGAAUUUGAUCUACAUGCAGAGUGAUCUAUGGGCAAGCUUUAGGAAUCAGGGAUGAUUUUAAUGUAUUCAGAAAAUAUUGCAUUUUACAUAAGUUAUCAUACAGGCUAAAUGGAAUGCUGGUUGUAUAAGAAAUCAAAAAGUUAUUCUGUUGCUUGUUCUUCCCAGGAACGCCUGUUAUAAAGAAUCCUCAGAACUGGCAGAGAGUCGUGAGUUCAUGGAAUGCCCUGCCAGUAGCAGUGGUGGACUCUCCCUCAUUAUGGGCAUUUAAGCGGGCAUUGGAUAGGCAUAUAGAGGAUAGUGGGCUAGUGUAGGUUAGGUGGGCUUGGAUCGGCGCAACAUCGAGGGCCGAAGGGCCUGUACUGCGCUGUAUUCUUCUAUGUUCUAUGUUCUAUGUAGAAGAUACGACACUGCACUCAGUGAAAGUUAUACUACUUUCGUGUGACUUGUUUAAUUGAAAGAGGUCAUGCUGACAGAAUUUUAUUACAUGAUAAGUACUCAUAAGAAUCAUAUCAACUUUAAAUAGAUUGUUGCAUAUUUUUAUUAGAAUAAUAAGAGUGGAUGUAAAGGAUAAAUUCUGAGGGGAAAUCCACCAAAGUGGAUCUUAAUCAUAAUCUCUUUAAAUCGUAGAUUGACUCAAGGAACUGAAUGGUCUACUCCUCUAUUUCGUAAGCAUGAUGCAAGGUAGUGAAUCUAGAGAUGCAUAAAAAAAAACAUUUUUAAAGUCAUACUAUACAGAAAUUGGGCCAGAAUUUUUUGGAGUUGGUAAUUUCCUAGUGUGCCUUAUUGUUUAGUCUCUUGCCUGGAUGAGUGCUUUCCAACAACCAUCCAAGACAAAACAGCCUGCUUGAUUAGCACCUCAUAACACCUUCAAUAUGCACUCCUUUCAGCGCUAACGGUGAAUUAUCAUUUACAAGACACACAACUCACCAAAGCUCCUUCAUUAGCACCUUCAAACUGUACUCCUUGGGCAGGACUUAGCAGAUGCAUCAGAACUAUUACCUGCAGGUUCCCCUCAAAGUGAGACACUAUCCUGACUUGACACUAUGAGCUCGAUGUUACAUGGCCUACUACAUGAUUUUUGAGAGGCAGGGCAUGUAAAGUAGAGUGAUGUCCAAACCACCACCUUUCCACUCACCCAAGACCCAAAAUAUCAAUUCUCCUGCUCCACGGAUGCUGCCUGACCCGCUGUGCUUUUCCAAUGCAGGUCUCCAGCAUCUGCAGUCUUCACUUUGUCCAUAAUGUGGGGUGGGUAGGCACAGAAAUUAGUAGCGCCCUCUAUUUAUACAUUAAUAAUUAAGAGUCAGAUGAAUUCAUUAAAAGCCCAAUAUUACACUGCCCAUACCAUAAUUUAGGGGAGAGUUGGGGCAGGCAAUCAUUUUGAAAGUUUUCUUUUAAAAACACUGAUAAGAAGGAAGGAGAUUUACAUCCUUGGAGGGUGUUCUUGCCCCUCAGGGACACCCCCCUCAGAAGAUGGUAUACCAUUCUCUCUCAUCUUUAAACCCCCAUCCCAGAGUAGUAAAAUAAGAUCUGUUCACAGAUUUCCCUCACUCUAUAGGCCUGCCUUCCCUCUAUAGACCUGGCAGUGUUUAGCAUUACUAGGACUGUUGGAGCUAUCAGCUAAUCAGUUUGGCAAGUUCCAGAGAGUGGACCUCUUGUCAGCCCCCCCACAGCGUGUUGUGGAUGCCUGACAGUUUCUGCUGAGGUUAUAGGGGAGACAAACUCUGUAUCACAGUGAAAAAAUAGCCACUGUCUUAAAAAUCUAAAAUACAUCAAUUGCAGUGCAGUUCAACAAAAUAGCCCAUCAUUGUCUUCUCCAGGGUAAUUGUGCUUGGGUAAGUCAGCAACACAGAUAUCCCAUAAAAAGUAUUAAAAAGAAAUCUGUCACUUUUACUCUAGGCACAACAUAUUACAUCCAACACAAAACAUAAUGUGUUAACAGUAGUUUGUGGAAUUUAAGCCGCUGUUACAUUAAGUACUCAACUUCUUCCUGACUGCCAGCCUUGUGAAUCUCUGAAGGAUUAGUUUCAGUUGCAACUUGUAGAGAGAGAAUUGGACAAACUGAACUGGUAAUGUCCUCACAUGAUAUGAAAACUUAAUUGCUACUCAGGGAUGGGGUUGAAAUGUGAGAGAGAAUGGUGUACCAUCUUCUGAGGGGGGUGUACCUAGGGACAAAAACAUCCUCCAAAGAUAUAAAUCUCCUUCCUUCCUAUCAGUUUUUGAAAAGAAUUAAAUCCAAUUAAUGUUUACAUGACUCAUGUUAUAACAUCAUAGAAGAAAGUGAGAACUGCAGAUGCUGGAGAUCAGAGUUGAGAAUAUGGUGCUGGAAAAGC